AUUACCCUUUCCACCUAGCGUGUGUGGACGUGUCGAAGAGGGUUACAGUGACUGUUAGUUUGAAAUUCCUAGAUAAUACUAAAAUCGGUUAACUCUAUAGAGUCAUCUUAAAGAUGGCAACCACACAUUUCAGAGGAAUAUCUAGGAAAAAGGAUUGGCCAAAGAUCUGAAUUAAACUGCCUGUGUAAAUGCAGCCUGGAUGUUAUCUAGAUACAUUAGUUUAGUAUCAGAUCCUGGUCAUCAAUAUAUUAAUUCCUAAAGAUGCACAUAGCAGCAGUCAAUCGUCUGGCACUGUUACAGCAAAAAAGACCAAACCAUAUGAACAUUUGUUGCUUUACUAACAAUCAUUACCGCUUGCACUUUACUGUUUCGUCAAUUAUUUUGUUGCUAUACUUCGUGAAAUUUACUUUCUCUUACACAACUUCAGUGAGUCUAUUUUGGUAACUCUGGCAUUGUAGUGGCUGAGUGAAAAAUGUUAACCCAGCCCAUUGGUUAAAUUAAAGGGGCCAAUCACUACUGAGCACAUUCAUUACAGAACCACGCUGGACCGGUGGCUAGAUCUUACACGUGUUUUGCAGCAUCCCCUGUUUAUGGGUUGCACCGUAAAAGCUGACAUUUGUAUGAAUUUUCUAACAGUAUGGCUAGGUCAUGGUAUGUUUAGUCAAAUGUUGCUUGUGGUUUGAUAACCACCAACGAAAGGUUAAUUAACAAAAUGAAUGGGGCAAUCCAUGAACCUGUGUUUAUGGAAAACACUUGAAUCCAAUGUAAAUAUUUCACAGCACCGUAGUCUUUCACUGUAGUGAUUCUGGUAACUAAACUUAAGGAGUUGUACACUAUCUCCCAGUAAUUUAUUGGGCAAAAGAAUGUUUUAGCCUCACUGUGCCUUCAGGGUGUUCUGGUAACUAACAGGGCUUUGAAGGUUCAUCUUUUCUCAUGCUCAUGCAGGUUGGAACCACCUAGUGAGUCCUGGAACAGAACCAUGGCUUUAAAGGUGAUCCAGAGGCUUCAGCUACUCGGGCAGACAAGGGCAUACCUCAGUCCUCCAGGUGGGCUGGGUCGCAUCUCCAGAUUUCUGUGUGCUCCGGUAGGGGAGCCCCUGUGUGGCGUACCUAUGGACCUCAGCGGAUCGCUGUAUCCAGAGACCGUUGUCAGGCUCAGUCAGCCAGCUUGUAUGAGUUAGUCCACCAUUGCCACGGACUCUUUCUACGCCACUGGGUCAGUCGGCCAGCUGCACCGACCCACUGUCGCAGAAGAGAAAGCCUUCCUGGACUGCCUCGGCAGUUGCUCUCCAGACAGGUCCUGCACUCUUCUGCACUGUGGCGAUCACGUCUGCCACUAUGGCAGCGGCAGCCUUGCACCGCGUGGCUGACCCAGAAGGACCCUUCAGUGUGCUGUGCUGCCAGCUAGAGUAGGCGUCUGAAGGAGACCGGGCUGGUUUCUGCCCUGCUGGCCUGCACACACCUCUACGUGGACCCCUGGAGCACGCUGGCGGUGCGGCUGGUAUCAGAGUGCCAGGAGCGGCUGGAUGGGAGCCAGAUGAGCGUGGGACAGCUGUGCACCUUUGGCCAGGCACUGGAGGGCCUGGGAUGCUGGAGCAGGUACAGAAGCAGGAGCUAGGCCAGGGGAGCCUAGCAGAGCUCACUGCUGUAUACGGACUGCUGCAGGGAGGAGUAGGGGAGGAGGGCAGCUACCAGGACCUCCUAAACGCUAUGCACACUCCUUCUUGGUGGAGGUCAUGGAGAGACAUGUGCUCAAGAUGGCUUUUACUUCCCACCCAGACAGUUACCAAGGUGAUGCAGUACUCCUCAACCUGCUGCACUCCUACAUCCUGGUAGAGAGGUUCCCUGUCAACUUUGUGUCCAAGGUCUUCAACCUCUACUUCCUCCAGAAAUUACAAGAGCAAGGCAUGGGGGUUGACCGGAUUGUACUGGCCCAACUGACCCAACUCUACAUGACUGUGAAGCUUGAAUGCCCUUUCUAUGAGGGUCCAAGGCUCCUUCCUAUGUACCGUGUCAAGUGUUUCCUCACUCCUGGUCGGUCUCUGGAGAUGCCGGUUGACGGACACCUCUACAACUAUGUGAAAACUGGACUAGUGGAUCUACUAGGGGCCCGUGCUUACUUCACUUCCAGAGUUCUCACUCCAUACUGCUACACACUAGAUGUGGAAAUAAAGCUGGAUGAGGAUGGAUAUGUAUUGCCUGCCAAUGACAUCGACGAUAUCAGGAUAGCCACAAGAGGUUUACUGUGAACACAAGACAGCUGCUGGGAAAAGAGGCCGUGAGGCUUCUGGGAUAUGAAGUUGUUCAGGUCGGAAAUGCAUGCCGCAACCCUCAAUACCCCAUUUCACUGAUGAUUUGAUCUUUUUGAGUGUUCUGUCUGCUGUAAAUUCUGAUUUCAGCCCCUUUGCUCGUGUUCUGCCUGUCUCUAGACAUCUACUCUUUCAAAAAAGAGCAUUCAUUUGGAUCUACUCUUUGCUCCAUCUGUAACUAAUAGAAGUCUGUUUUUGUAGAUUUCUUACUAUGAAUUUGAGAAGCUUCGGAACAAGACAGAGGUUGUUGAACAUCUUCACAAGAAUAUCUUCCCCCUCAGCUACAGGCUCAAAUAAGGCCUUUGUUGCUGUCAUACAACUAUAACACUGUACGCUAUACAGUUUGGGCACUGUUUUUGUCAUCUCAAAAUGCCACAUUGUCCAACAUUUCUACCUGAAGAGAAAGCAUAAAGAAAUCAUGUAUUUAUAUCUUUUG